AUGGGGCUGACGGCGGCAUCGGCCGCCAACGCCGCCGAUGAACUGACGCUGCAGCUCAAAUGGGUCACGCAGGCGCAGUUCGCCGGCUAUUAUGUGGCGAAAGACAAGGGCUUUUACGAAGAAGCCGAUCUGGACGUGACCAUCAAUCCGGGCGGGCCGGACAUCGCGCCGCCGCAGGUGAUCGCCGGCGGCGGCGCCGAUGUCGUCAUCGAAUGGAUGCCCGCCGCGCUCGCCGCGCGCGAGAAGGGCGUUCCGCUGGUCAACAUCGCCCAGCCGUUCCAGCGGUCGGGCAUGAUGCUGACCUGCCGCAAGGAAACCGGGAUCGAGACGCCCGAAGACUUUCGCGGCCGGACGCUGGGCGUGUGGUUUUUCGGCAACGAGUUCCCGUUCCUGUCCUGGAUGAGCCAGCUCGGCAUUCCGACCGAGGGCGGCGAUGACGGCGUCGAGGUGCUCAAGCAGGGCUUCAACGUCGAUCCGCUGAUCCAGGAGCAGGCCGACUGCGUGUCGACCAUGACCUACAACGAGUACUGGCAGGUCAUCGAUGCGGGCUUCACGCCGGACGAUCUGGUCGUCUUCAACUAUACCGACCAGGGCGUUGCGACGCUGGAAGACGGCAUCUACGUGCUCGAGGAAAGCCUUGCCGACGAGGCGAUGGCCGACAAGCUGGCGCGGUUCGUUGCGGCCUCGAUGCGCGGCUGGGAAUAUGCCUGCGAGAACCAGCAGGAAGCGGCCGAGAUCGUGCUUGAGAACGACGCGACCGGCGCCCAGACCGAGGAGCACCAGGUGCGCAUGACCGGCGAGAUCUGCAAGCUCAUCGGCGAUUCCGACGGAACGCUCGAUACGGCUGCGGCCGAGACGACGGUCGACUCGCUGCUUGCCGGCGGUUCGGACCCGGUGAUCACGGCCCGGCCGGAAGGCGCCUGGACCGACGCGAUCAUGAACAAGGUCAAGGGCAUGUAA